UGGCCAUGUCCUCUCCUCAGGUCAUGGCUGCCUACCGGGGUACAGUGAGCUUGUCUGCUACUGGGUUUUACAGGACACCCAAUCUUGGCUACAACUUUGAGAUGAACUCAGGGAAUGCUUUCCACUACUUCACCUAUGGGGUGGCUUGCUCUGAAGUGGAAAUUGACUGCUUAACAGGGGAUCAUAAGAACCUCCGCACAGACAUCGUCAUGGAUGUUGGCUCCAGUCUGAACCCUGCCAUCGACAUUGGACAGGUGGAAGGGGCAUUUGUCCAGGGCCUGGGCCUCUUCACCCUGGAGGAGUUGCACUACUCCCCUGAGGGGAGCCUGCACACCCGGGGCCCCAGCACCUACAAGAUUCCUGCAUUUGGCAGUAUCCCCACUGAUUUCAGGGUGACCCUGCUCCGUGACUGUCCCAACAAGAAGGCCAUCUAUGCAUCCAAGGCUGUCGGGGAGCCGCCCCUCUUUCUGGGUGCCUCCAUCUUCUUCGCCAUCAAGGAUGCCAUCCGCGCAGCUCGGGCUCAGCACACAGAUAAUAAUACGAAGGAGCUUUUUCGGCUAGACAGCCCCGCCACCCCGGAGAAGAUCCGUAAUGCCUGCGUGGACAAGUUCACCACCCUGUGUGUCACUGAUGUACCAGAAAAUUGUAAACCCUGGUCUCUGAAGGUCUGAAGAAAAAAGCCCCAUUGGAGUCUUCUUAUCCUACACUGGGGAUUCCAUGGAAGAUGGAACUUGCCCUGCAGAACAUGAAUUUAUAAAAGUUGCAGGACGACAACGGUGUGAUUCAUCAGGAUGGUGUUUGGAAGAACAUUGAAUGCAUUGGAAGAUUUUGAUCAGAAAUAUGAUUUAUAAACACAAUGAUAAGCAAAUUCAGAAAUGUUAGGCCCAAGUGGCUAAUAGGCAAUUAGUAUCAUUUCAUGUCUGUUGUAAUCAUGUAUUUGAUAUAGGUUUAGGAAGUGUUUGUGCUAUGUCCCAACUCACUGGACAGCCUGUAUAACCUCAAGUGUUGACAGCAUCUGUUCUUCAAAGAGGAUUUCCACAAACCUCCAGAAGCGUAAACCAAAGUAACUCUAAAUCUGUGUGCCUUCCUCAGAAAACUUUUCCUUCAAACCAAUGAGCAUCAUAUUAUAACCUCAUAUCCACACUCAGAUUUGCAAUGGGACAGUGCGGUGAGAUUCAAACCUCUAAGCACUUCAUUGGAGAGAA